UUUCGCUUAAAGCGGAGAAACUGAAAAAUUCAAAAUCAUAUUUCUAAAAACUCGAAUUUUUAAUGUCCAAAGUUAACAGCAUAAAAUAAAAUUGCCCAAUGCGAUCGACGACAUCAAUAAAAAUCAAUACAACGCACACUAGAACCCAGAACUCCGUUCAAGGAUGACAGCUGAUGGGAAAUAGAAAAAUCGAAGUGCCGUUAAAUGUCAAGGACACGGAAAACCAAAUAAAGAGCCACAACAAAUAGGAAAAGUCGCAAAAGCAACAAUUUAGGAAAGGUUUCGAUCAGUUUCGAAGGACAACGGUGAAAAUAAAGCACAAUAAUAUCCGUAAAAUAUGUCAAAUCCGGUGCACGGAAGACCGCCAAAUAAUUCCGGCUCUGCCGGAUCCUCCUCCUCCUCCUCCUCGUCCACGUCCUCAUUAUCCUCCCCCUCCGCUGCAUCGCCCGUUUCGGUAAGCCUGCAGCAGCCGGCUGGGAACAGCAACUUGUCGGGCGGUGGCAGCCUGAAGGAGAAGGUGGGGCUGCCAACGGUUUAUCUUAACCUUAACGAGCAUGCUGGCAAGGAGUCGGCCUCCUGCUCGCCGCUCCAGCACUGGGACGAUACCCGCACCGCCGAUGUCUGGCUAUCGUCGCUGCACAGCGUCAUCUUCAUUAUCACCUGCGCCCUGGCUGCUUUCAUUCUGUUUCGCAAUGUGCUCACCUGGCAUUUGCAGAGCUUUUGGGGCGCCUCCGGAGAUUUCUGGCAGUCACAAUGGGACAAAUUCAUUGACUCCUUUGGCGAUGAGCCCAUGGUGCUGUGGGUCUUUGGCACCACCAUUUUCACCAUGAUCGUCUACUGGACCGUGGGCACCCUGUACACAUUCAUGGACCUGACCAACCGACCCGCCUGUCUGCGCAAAUACAAAAUCCAGCCGGGCACCAAUGAGCCGGUGGAAGUGCGUCGCCUCCUAAAGGUUAUCUGGUGCGUGGUGUGCAACCAGAUCUUUGUGGGCAUACCUCUGGCCUAUGCCAGCUACCGGCUGAUGGAGAUCCGGGGACUCAGCGAUAUCCGGGAUCUGCCCACAUUCCAUUGGGUCUGCUUCGAGCUGACCGUCUGCAUCCUGAUGGAGGAGCUGGGCUUUUACUACUCGCACCGCCUGCUCCAUCACAAGCACAUUUACAAGUAUAUCCACAAGCAGCAUCAUGAGUGGACGGCCCCCAUAUCGGUGACGGCCAUCUAUUGCCAUCCCAUUGAGCACAUCUUUAGUAAUCUGUUGCCGCCCUUUCUGGGCGUCUUUCUGAUGGGCAGCCAUGUGGCCACCGCCUGGCUAUGGUUUGCUCUGGCCAUACUCUCCACCCUCAAUGCCCAUUCCGGCUACCAUUUGCCGUUCUUUCCCAGUCCCGAGGCCCAUGACUUUCAUCAUCUCAAAUUCAACAACUGUUUUGGGGUUUUGGGUGUCCUGGAUCGCUUGCAUGGCACCGAUUCUUUGUUUAGGGCCACCAAGUCCUAUGCUCGCCACAUCAUGAUGUUGAGCUUCAAGCCGCCGCGAGAUGCUUUUCCGGAUUCAACGAUGAAGUGAAGCUUCUGGAAAGAAGUUAUCUUGUGCAGCAAGCAUUUCUAACUCUCUCUAACUUUCUUUCUAUCUCAAUCUGUGCAUACAAAAACUUUUAAUUGUGAUAAAACAGGGCACGAGGAUCCUAUUUUGUACACCUCACCUACCCACACCCACAUCCACAUCCACACACAUGCAUCAUGUAUUCGUUGUGCGAAAGCCCCAAAAACCAAAUGAAUAAAGCGUGAAUGUAAAUUGUA